AGCAGCAGCAGCACCACCACCCUCCCACCCCGCACCCCAGCAGCAGCAGCAGCAGCAGCCUCUUCCCCCCCCCCGCAGCAGCAGCAGCAGCAGCCUCUUCCCCCCCCGCAGCAGCAGCAGCAGCAGCAGCAGCAGCAGCAGAAUGCAGGGUCUGGGUGGCGGCCGUGUGUACUGGGGUUUGCGUUUGCUGCUGCAGCAGCAGCAGCGGCGCUGCCGCCGCCUGGGCCGCGUCUUGGACUUGAAUUGGGACUUCGGCAAAGCCGCCAUGGCCGGCACUCCCAAGUUCUCCUUCGACCCCGCAGUGAACCAGUGGACCACUGCAGUGGACAAUGAGCUUUGGAAUGGACCAGGGGGGAUUGUUUGGUCCAGUUUUUCCAUGAACUGCUGCUGGUGGGCCUUUUGGGCCUUUUGGGUCUACUUUACCAUUACUAGGUGGCAUGUUAAUGGCAAAAUGGAUACUUUUGCCAAGUGGAAGCAGCAAGAAUGA